UGGCCCUCAAUGUUUUCAGGGCUUGAAAUCAUUGCUAAUCGAGUUACCUUUAGCCACAGAGAUGGUGGUGGAUCUCCUUCCCUUUUUGAUCUUUUGGUCAGUCUAGGUAGAAACCAUCAUGCAACAUUUGCCUUGCCAGAUGUCCAAGCAGAGCUGGAUUAUUCCCCUGGAGCAAUGGUCUAUAUCUCAGGGAGGGUGCUGGAACAUUCUGUUUGUCCUUGGCUCAAUGGAGAAAGAUUGGUAAUUGCCCAUUUCAUGAAGGAUGCUGUGCAUGAUCGAGUAGGGGUGCCAAGGCCAGGAUUCCCCAUGCAGAGUUUCUUUUUAGAGUUAGUGGGGAGGAAACCGAAGGGGCGGAGGCAGAAAAAGAGUAGAAGAUAG